ACUGCCGAGGGUCCCGGCGCGGGCCCCAGGGCUAUGGAGCAGUACUGCAUCCUGGGCCGCAUAGGGGAGGGCGCGCACGGCAUCGUCUUCAAGGCCAAGCACGUGGAGACUGGAGAGAUCGUUGCUCUCAAGAAGGUGGCCCUGCGGCGGCUGGAAGAUGGCAUCCCCAACCAGGCGCUGCGGGAGAUCAAGGCCCUGCAGGAGAUCGAGGACAGUCAGUAUGUUGUGCAGCUGAAGGCCGUGUUCCCGCAUGGCGCAGGCUUCGUGCUGGCUUUCGAGUUCAUGCUGUCGGAUCUGGCUGAGGUGGUGCGCCACGCCCAGAGGCCACUAGCCCCAGCGCAGGUCAAGAGCUACCUGCAGAUGCUGCUCAAAGGCGUCGCCUUCUGCCAUGCCAACAACAUUGUGCAUCGGGACCUGAAACCAGCCAACCUGCUUAUCAGUGCCUCAGGCCAGCUCAAGAUUGCAGACUUUGGCCUGGCCCGGGUCUUUUCCCCAGAUGGCAGCCGCCUCUACACACACCAGGUGGCCACCAGGUGGUACCGAGCCCCUGAGCUGCUGUAUGGUGCCCGGCAGUAUGACCAGGGUGUUGACCUGUGGGCCGUGGGCUGCAUCCUGGGGGAGCUGUUGAAUGGGUCCCCCCUUUUCCCAGGGGAGAAUGACAUCGAGCAGCUUUGCUGUGUGCUUCGCAUCUUGGGCACCCCCAGCCCUCAAGUCUGGCUGGAGAUCACGGAGCUGCCUGACUACAACAAGAUCUCCUUCAAGGAGCAGGCACCUGUGCCGUUGGAGGAGGUGCUGCCCGAUGCCUCUCCCCAGGCCUUGGACCUGCUGGGGCGGUUCCUCCUCUACCCUCCACGCCAGCGCAUUUCAGCCUCCCAGGCCCUCCUGCACCAGUACUUCUUCACAGCUCCUCUGCCCGCCCACCCCUCGGAGCUGCCGAUUCCCCAGCGACCAGGGGGACCUGCCCCCAAGGCCCACCCAGGGCCCCCCCACAUCCAUGACUUCCAUGUGGACCGGCCUCUCGAGGAGUCACUGUUGAACCCGGAGCUGAUUCGGCCCUUCAUCCUGGAGGGCUGAGAUGCUGAGAUGCUGGGCCAGGCCUCACUGGUGUGCCCCCAACCCCGGACAGCUCAGGUCUCCUGUUCCUCUGCUCCAGCCUGAUUCAGCCACAGCAGGCCUACUCCAUUCCUGGUCCUGUUCCCAGCCGGGCGAUGAGGACAUCCAGCUCCAGCAGAGGGGACCCGCUGCCCGUGCUGUCGGCCUCCCACCUGGGUGCUGCAGACGGAUCCAUCAGAAGGAGGCCGUGCAUCCCUCUGCCAUGUCUGCCAUGGUGCUGGUUCCCUAGUGGCUGCCUUCCUGGUCAGGGGUGUUCCUAGGGGAGCCCUGAGUGUAAGAUGUCCUCAUGUCGGAAACCCAAGUAGGAAAGGUUUGGAAAGGAAAGUUUGGUUUGAUUUUGUUCCCAGACAUUAAACACUAGUUCAGUUUUGAGGUUUAUUAUUAAAGGCCUAAGUAGCUCUGCCUGGUGUAUACCCCUUUUCUGUUCCUAUUGAAGGAGAUGGCUGAGGUGACGUACCUCCUGGCCCUUGCUCUUCUGUGGUCACUGGGAAAGUGUCCCCAUUCAUGACGACUUUAGUCUCGGGGCCUUCUGGUUGCUUCAUGUGAUGGAGCUCCCACAGAGAGGUGAGGUGGCAGAAAUGAAGGCCCAGGGAUGGCUCGAGUUGGGGACCCAAUACGUGACCCUCCACACCUCAAGCUGGUUUACUAACAUCUCCCUCAGGAUGAGGGUGAGCCAGGGCCACACAGGCUACGACCCUACUCAGAGAUGCCGGGCAAAUAAGGAGACAGACUCCUCUGUUAAUUCAGUAAAUCCCAGUACAGUCUGAA